CCAGCGGAGGGGCAGACUAGACAAAAGCGAAAGGGCAGAAUGACUCGGGACACUGAAUAACAAAACAGCUGAGAUCUUUCUCGGGGCCUUUUCACUCAGAGGAUUUUAAAUAAUUGGUGCGUUCGUGGUAAAAGCCAUGGACCCAUCGCUGACCGGCAACCUUGCCACCCCAAAACCCAGCCCCUCGUCCCCCUACACCCUGAGGUCGGGCCCUUCCUCUUCCAGCUCAUCCACUGCCGCAACCCCACCAACCUCAGACCACCCUAAGCCUAAACUCGCCAUGCCAGCACGCCCAACCACAGCCUCAUCUUCUCCCACCACUGCCUCCCCUCGGACCUCUCCGGGUCUGUCCUCCCGUUCCUCCUCCCUGUCCACGCCGCCUGCCUCCCCUCUCCGCCAGCCCAUCAGGAGCCCCUCUCAGGUGGGCAGAUCGCAGCUUAAUGCAGCCUCGACGGGGAAUCCUCCAGCUAGUUCCACGGCUGCUGGAGCUGCUCCACAGCCUCCUCCCACACCUGAACCAGAUCUCCUGUUUCCUUCUGAAGAACCAGAGGAGGAGGUCAGUUUUGAGGAUCUGGAGGAGAGAGCAAAGUCAGGAGACGCUAAAGCACAGACCAAGAUGGGGCGUUACUUCCUGGCACUGGCAGAAGAAAGAGACGAGGAGCUGAACAACUGCACAGCGGUCACUUGGCUCAUCCAGGCUGCCAAACAAGGCCGCAAGGACGCCGUCAAGCUGCUGCAACAGUGUUUAGCCUCCAGGAGAGGCAUCACUCUGGAGAACUUUGAGGAGGUAAAGAAGCUGUGCACGGAGACGCGCUUUGAGAGAGGAGUUAGGAAAGCAGCUCUGCUAAUGUACUGGAAGUUAAAUCCAGAGAAGAAGAAGUCAGUGGCUGUUUCUGAGAUGCUAGAGAACGUGGAACACGUCCACACAGAGCCAGGCAAACCAGUCUCCCCAGGCCCACUAAACUGCUCUGCCAAGAAACAGAGGAGAGUCCUGGAGACCAUGGUCACCAGUGAGGCCAGCUCCCACGUGGGUCUUGACGACUUUGUUGAGAUGACAAAGAAGUACGCUCAGGGUGUUGCACCCUCACCUGUCAUGGCUGCAGCAGGAGGUGAGGACGAUGACGACGAUGUCAUCGUGAAGAAUCCAGAUGAGCUGCCCUUACACCAGAAGCUGCUGAAGUUCCCUCUGUACGCUCUGCUGGAGAUCAAGGAGCACCUCAUCGACUGGGCGUCACGGGCCGGCAUGCAGUGGCUCAGCGCCCUGAUCCCCACGCACCACGUCAACGCUCUAAUCUUCUUCUUUAUCAUCUCCAACCUCACAAUCGAGUUCUUCAUCUUCCUCAUCCCUCUGCUGGUUUUCUACCUCUCAUUCUUCUCCAUGGUCAUCUGCACACUGCGGGUUUUUCAGAAUUCAAAAGCAUGGGAAAAUUUCCGGGCUCUCACAGACCUGCUGACUCACUUUGAACCCGGUCUAGAUCUGGAACAGGCCGAGACCAACUUUGGAUGGACACACUUGGAGCCGUAUCUGUACUUCCUGCUCUCAGUGGUCUUUGUGGUUUUCUCCUUCCCCGUUGCUGAUAAAUCCUGGAUCCCCUGCUCCGAGUUGGCUGCUGUUGCUCUCUUCUUCACCGUCACCGCCUUCCUCAGCCUCCACGCCUCUGCGCAGCUCUUCGCUCGUAAAGCCCUCCUAACAGAGGUCCUCUCCGGAGCGUGCUCCCUCACCAGCCUCCUGCCGGACUCCUUCUGGUUCCUCAGGGUCUUUGGGAUGACGUUCCUUACCGUGCCCCUAGGGGACAUGGUGGCGUUGAACCUGGGGAUGCCGUGGCUGCUGUACGGACACCUUAUCUAUCUCCUCUUCCGUAUGGCUCAGCUGAGAGGCUUCAAGGGCACCUACCUGUGCCUGGUGCCCUACCUGGUUUGCUUCACCUGGUGUGAGCUCACCUUGGUGCUCCUUAAUAACGCCACUGCAAUAGGACUCAUCCGCACCGGCGUUGGCUACUUCCUCUUCCUUUUCGCCCUUCCUGUACUCUCACUGGGCAUAGCUGCAAUGCUCAUCAUCCAGCUGCUGCAGUGGUUUCUGGCCCUGGAGCUGACCAAGAUGGUGGUCACACUGACAGUUUGCUUCGUGCCAGUAGUGUUGAGGCUGUGGACCCGCUUCAGCCUCAAUCCAAUCGUGGUUUUUCGCUCUUUGUCAGGGAGCAGCAUCGUCAAGCUCAUCCUGGUGUGGCUCAGCGCGGUGGUGCUCUUCUGCUGGAUGUACGUCUACAGGUCUGAAGGCAUGAAGGUUUAUAACUCCACCCUGACCUGGCCUGAGUACAGCAACCUCUGCGGCCCUCUGGCCUGGAGAGAGUCCAACAUGGCCCAAACUCAGAUUCUCUGCUCUCAUCUCGAAGGACAUCGCGUCACCUGGACCGGGCGCUUUAAAUACGUCCGCGUGACCGACAUUGAGAAUGGGCCGCAUUCGGUCAUCAACCUGCUGCCUGUAUUCGUGGGGAACUGGAUGCGGUGCGUGUAUGGCGAGCCAUAUCCUUUGUGUGAGGAGGUGAAAAACGUCACAGCCGAGCCCCAGCCGCUGCCUGCCCCGGCUCCUCCUCCAGAAGAUCCCCUCUGUAAACUGAAAAAACUGGCCAAGCACGAAUGUCACAUCAAACGCUUUGAUCGGUACAAAUUUGAAGUGACAAUGGGCAUGCCGCUGGAGAGGAAGACCAAGAACGGGACGAUCAUAGAGGACGAGGACGCGACUAAGGACAUAGUUCUGCGGGCCAGUAAUGAGUUCAAAUCUGUGCUUUUACAUCUAAAGACAGGAAGCCUGGUGGAGUUUAGCACUAUACUGGAGGGUCGUUUGGGCUCCAAAUGGCCCGUGUUCGAGCUGAAAGCCAUUCACUGCGUGUCGUGCGCCGACGCCCACAUGACCAGCCGCAGGCAGUACAAGAUCGAACACGACUGGAGGCGCACGGCUCAGUAUGCCCUACAGUUCGGAUUUGACUUCUUCUUCAACCCCUUCCUGACCGCUCAGCUAGAGACUGAAACAGAGACGGUGGCACAGGAGGGGGAGUAGAGAGAGAGAUCAGGCAAACGCACCUCUGGGAGAAAUAAGAUGUGUGAUAAAGAUAAUACUAAAUUCAGAUGGAGAACAUUAAUGGUUGUACAACACUGUUCUUCACAGAAUCUCAUUGCAGUACUGGCAAUUAUUUAGUACCAUAAGAGAGUGGACAGAUACCCAGACGUCUGUGGCAUCAGUCCUGUAGUAAAGCUGCGAGUGUGUGUUUGCGGUCUUAUAGCUUUUGAGCCAAUAUGUGUGAGAAUAUAUAAUAUAAUUAAAUUAAUUUCACAAAAGGGGGAAACCCAAACUCAUAAGGUUUAGAGUAAGUAAUUUACUGCCUGACACUAAAGUAAGAAAACAUGAUUUAAGCCUCUGUGGUCCGUGCAUUUCAUCCAGCUUACACUACAGUUGUGAGUCUGUUAAUGAAGUCAUAUGGAUUUUUCCUUGUUUGUUAUAAAAACACUGUGUGAUACACACAUUUUUAGGUACGUUUAUCAAAUGUUUGUGGCCAAAAUCAUCAGUAUUUACAUUUGACAGUUUCCUUGUUGAGCUGUUGAACCUUGUUGUGUCCAUGGCCUACAAAUCCUACAAGUUUGGUUUUUUUUUACACAUAAGGGUGUAAUGCUGAUGAUAGCUCUGUAAAGGCGUCCUUUGCUGUUAAGCUUUAAUCAUUUAACAUUAUACACAAAGACUGUAUGAAAGAAGAGGAUGUAGCCUGCGAGUAUGAAAAGUGAAGCCAAUGUGUAAGUGCCUUAAACCUGUAUUCUUUCUAAUGGCCAGCAGGGGGCGACUCCACUGGUUGCAAAAAGAGGUGUGACUGUAUAGAAGUCUAUGAAAAAUUACCCCACUUCUCACUUUAUUUAUUACCUCAGUAAACAUUUUCAUAUUGAGUUUAUGAAUCGCUAGUUUCAAGUCUUCUUCAAUCCAGCAUGAUGUUCAUUUGAGAAAUAAUGGUCCAAUUAGCAUAAAAUAAACAAUAAAGCCGGGUCUGCUUCAGGUCGCAGCUGCCUUCUGAUUGACAAGGUGCUGCUAUGUUGACCUGUCAAUCAGGAUAGCGGUGGAGCAAUAUGCAUCCACCCCUCUCUCCUCCCUAGCUCCACCCACAAGUAAUGCCACACUCGAAACAUUCAAACAAGAAUUCAACAAACCAGUGGGUGAUGUCACAGGGACUACAUCCACUUCUUUUAUAUGCUCGAUGAUUAUACAGUGUAUGUAUAGUAUUUUAUUUUGAAAUGCUUGACGUUAGAAACAAUAUAUUGUCAAGUGCCUUAGAAAACAUAGGCCCAAUCCCCCCCUUUUCCCCAUAACCUCUCAAAUAAUCAUGCACAAAUUCUAAAAUCAGUUGGAAUAGUUGGAAUGCAGCAUAUUUUCUGCACUUCCUCGCUCAUACAUGCUGUAUGAAUGAAGGUUAUUAUUAUCUGAUAUCUGUGCAGGAAUUGUGAUUGGGCCAUAGUGUGAAUUCAAAAAUAAUUUGGACUAAACCAUGUGUUUAAUCCUUAAUAUUUAUAAAGAUCAGCUGCAUCUGUGCUUGUAUUUAUUACAGAGCAAUUAUCCGAUUUCAUCUCUGUGCUUCUCCUCUAGCUGUUCUCCUUCUCCUCCCCUGUUUGUCUCCAUCUCUGCUGUGCAGAGAUUUAAUAUGUUGAAUAUUUGCAGUCCUUGAGUGUUUUAAGCUAGGGUGUCACUACUGUUUUCUAUACUGUGACCCAUAAAUGGAAACAUUCGCUUGUUGCUGUUUUUGUUUAAUAUUAUUUGCAUUAUAUUAAUUUUAAACCCAACAUUUUCAGGUUUGAAACAUCAGUCCUGACUUUAUAAGCCUGUGUUAAUUGUUUAAUUUGAGAUCACUGUUUCAGUGAGAACAGCACAGUUUUCUCAAAAGACAUUUUGACAUAACGCAGCAGGAAAAAGAGACAGAAAAAAUAAAAUGAACAAUGAUUGAAUUCCAUUUAGCUGUUCCAGUUUCAGGGUCCUGGUAUUGUGCAUCCUUGCUCACUGUCACACAUCAUGGCUUAAUGAACCAUCUUUAACAUUAGUAACACCUUCCCUGAGAAAGGCCAGUAUAGCGCUCAUGUUCCCAAACAUAGUUAAAGCAGCUAUAAUCAAUAUUUUGCAGCUCUCCUCAGCUUUACGGAGCUUUAUAGUGAGUUUCAGCUCAUUGUUUAGCUGGUUGGUUCAGUCUCAUUGCUUUUUCAGAGAAAAAGCUCAAAAACCCAGUGUACAUGACCUGCUCAGCACUACAAUAUUGUAUACCAUAAUAUAUACCACUGAAUAUUGGAGUUAUUUGUCAGGUGGACACAAACGCAACUCCAAAUGCAUGAUAAUGUUGCUCCUUAACUAUUACGUUCACCAUUAUCAACUUAAAAGGUUUAUGUUGGUGUUUCACUACACUGGCCCCAACUGACCGAAAAAAAAAUUAUGGCAAGUUCAUGUCAAGAUGCCUGCUGCGAAUAA